CAUUGAAUUGAACCGAACGCAUCUAGUUUUGGGCUUCAAGUAGGAAUCGGAGCGUCCUGCAGCCGAUCUCGAAUCCCUUCUUCGUUCCUCUUCGUCGCCAUUUCAGAGUGAUCUGCGGGAUCGAUUGAUUCUGUACUCGUAUUCCAUUUUUCGUUGAUAGCCUUCUGAUUUUGCAUUCUGGUGUUAACAUGUUUUUGGCAAGAGUUUUUGGAAGGAGACUCUUUGCAACAGCAACAUCAGAAGCUUCUGCUGCUGGGGCUGCAGCUGCUAGUACAGUUAGGACUGCACAUAAUCCUCUUGAGGAGUUCUUUGAGGCAGAUCGAAACCCCGAGGAGGAUAAACCUGUUGUCUACGGACGUAGUUGGAAGGCUUCAGAACUGCGCCUCAAGUCUUGGGAUGAUCUACACAAAUUGUGGUAUGUCCUGUUGAAGGAAAAGAACAUGCUGAUGACUCAACGCCAGAUGCUUCAUGCUCAAAACUUGCGGUUUCCUAAUCCGGAGCGGCUACCUAAGGUUAGGAAAUCAAUGUGCAGGAUCAAGCAUGUACUAACUGAAAGAGCAAUUGAAGAUCCAGAUCCUCGGAGGACUGCUGAGAUGAAGCGAAUGAUAAACGCGCUAUGAUAAUUGUGUUCUUAUUAGAAAUGGUAACUUUGUUGCUUUAAAUAGCAUCUAUAACAAUCAUAACAUAUCCUCUCCAAGUUUUUGUGUUCAAUUAGGGCAAAAGGACCCGUUGUAACAAGUUCACUCGUCAAUGAGCGAUGGCUUUUUGAGUCAUGGUCACGUUACGAUUAACGCAGGCAAAGCCCAUUGAAACAUGCUUGUAAGGUUUGUCCUAGUUUAGACUCUUAUCAUAUAGCAAUAAACUGUAGUGGUGAUGUAUGAUGACU